GUUUAUAUUGUUGUUUCUUGUUGAUAACUAUCAAAAAAUGAUAAGUUAAUCAAACCAACUGAGUUCGAGUGAUGGCACUGUUCAUCAUGGAUAGAUAAGGGUACAAAACACCACAAGUUAUAUCUUUAGUAAGCCACGUCUGUCCUUCUAAAAGGAAACAUGUUCCCCCUUAAUGUUGUCCGUCAGACCGUUCCCGUGUCUGUUUCUCACAAGGUUCCUGCAACAUCUCAGAAGCAGAAAAUCGGAAAGUGCUGUUGAAGCUGCUGCGUGUAUCGUCGUCUUGAGCCAAUAGCUGUGUCAGAUGCAAAAGAAAAACCCGUUUAGGAGAAGAACCAGAAACAGAACCUGAACCACCAGAUAACCACCAUGGCCGAGAACAAGGAACUGGAACUAGCCUUCAAAGCGGGCACAGACCCUCAGCUCCCGCUGGCCUCGCUGCGUCUUCUUGUCCCUCCCCUCCGCUUGAUGUCGGCGUGCAUGUGGCGCGUUGCCCAGCAACGCAACGUACAGCAGUACGGGAAGCUGGCGGAGUUCGUCACCUUGGUAACGGAGAUGGUUCCAGAACUUCUGACUCCCAGGCAGAUGGCUGAGCUUGUAUUGGGACUGCGGGCGAGGCUCAUCCUGGAGAUGCUGCAGUGUGAGGAGCAGUCAGACAGUCCGGCGCUCCAGAAGCAGCUGAACAGCGUCCGCCUGCUGAAGACCAAGGGCCCAGGAGAAGAGCUCCCAGACGGAGAGGUGGAGGAGUCAAAGAAGGCGUUUGUAGAACUGGUCCAAAAAUUGAGGGACAAACCAAGUGAAAAGAAAACUUUUUUCAAGAAAGUCUUCCCGGAGCAUUAUGGAUCCCGCUUCGACACGACGCUGCAGGUGGUGGUGUGGGAGUUCCUCUGUCGGCUGGAGGAGCUGCUCCCGGUGUCUGGGUUCUGUGAGGUGGCCUCCAACUUCCACCUUGAUUCCCUGGACCCCGAUGCUCACCACUUUAUCUCCGACCCUGAAGACUUUACUACUCUUCUGAAGCAUCGACAAAAAGGCUGGAAGUUGAAGAAGAACCCGCCGUCCUUCAGCUCCCGGGUGCUCCUGUCCUCUCUGGCCUCCAGGCGGCUCGGCCUCCGGGCUGAGGACUACUUCAUCGAGGAGGGGGCAGCGAGGGAGAGCGUACCGGGGCUGGACCUCCGGGAGCAGGACGUCACGGCCGCCCAGCGCCCUCCACUCGAUGGAGACGGCGAGGAGGAGGAAGAUGAUGAGGAGGAGGAGGAAGAAGAGGAGGAGGAGGAGGAGGAGGAAGAGGAGGAGGGGGAGGAAGAGGAGGAGGAGGAGGGGGAGCCGGAGGAGCCAGAGGUCAUCGGUUCCUCCCCUCCCGCCCCCCCCCUCGCCAGCGGCAGCCCCCCUGGCUCCGCCCCCGUGGCCACCCGGAGCCAGUCCUGCCCGUACUGCGGCCAGAGGUUCAGCAGCUGGGCGGACCUGCUGGGCCACCGCUGCAGCGUGCACGGCGCCAUUGGGCGGGGCUUCCAGUGCGGCCGCUGCCAGAGACAGCUGUUCUCCCAGAAGGCCCUGACGCGGCACCUCAUGGCGCACGCCACGGGGCCUGAAGGAGCGGGGCCUGAAGGGGCGGGGCUCGAAGGGGCGGGGCCAGGGCUGCAGUGCGAGCAGUGCCUGCGGCGGCUUGGCUCGGAGAACGCCCUGAGGUCGCACCUCCUGGCGCACGAGCAGCAGAAGGCGGCGGCGGCGCGGAGCUUCCAGUGCGACCAGUGCCAGCGGCAGCUGGGCUCGGAGAAGGCCCUGAGGAAGCACCAGGCUACGCACGGGGUCAACCGCUCGGUGGUCUGCCCGCAGUGCAACAAGGUGCUGAAGUCGGUCCACUGGCUGAAGACGCACCUGCGCCUGCACACCGGGGAGAGGCCCUUCCCCUGCACCUUCUGCGGGAAGCGCUUCAAGGAGAAGGGCGUGCUCCGUGCGCACCUGAAGCUGCACGGCGCCGAGUACGCCUACCUCUGCAGCGAGUGCGGCAAGGGCUUCAACCACAUGACGUCGCUGGUGCAGCACAACCGCAUGCACAGCGGGGAGAAGCCCUUCCCCUGCAACGCGUGCAGCCGGCGGUUCGCCUCGUCGCAGCGGCGCCGCGUGCACCAGCUCAUACACACGGGCGAGCGACCGCACCCCUGCACCCACUGCGACAAGAGGUUCCGGACGGGCAACUCCCUGACCAGGCACGUCCGCACGCACACCGGGGAGAAGCCGUACCAGUGUCUGGUGUGCAGCAAGCGCUUCCAGCAGAGCUCCAACAUGAAGAUUCACAUGCGCGUUCACACCAAAGAGAAGAAGAACGCUUGAUGUGUUCCUGUUGGUCGGUGGCGGGCAGAAACAAUCCCAGGGAGACGCGUUGGGUUCUUAUGGUCUGUCCUGGACACGCCCACCCUGGCCACACAUGGAGAUUCUCAGCGGGUACUUUUGUGGAUGACCAUUUAUUCUAAUAGGAUUUUUUUUUUGCAGAACUCAGUUCAGAGAAAACAAUAAAGAAGGUUUAAAAGCA